AUGAUUUGGCCUAUUCUCCUACUGAUGACGCUUGCGUCCUGUUUCCUUGUGGCUCGAUGUUGCAUAAAGAUUUACCGUCAUCUCCUCCGCCGGGACAUUAUUCAGGAAGGACUUUUGUGGCUCGCAUGGUCGGCGACCAUACCAACAAGCGUGCUCGCCAUCCUGAUUCUCACGACGGAGAGAGAAGAUAGGGCAGCCUACUUCUUGCUUGUGGCGCAUUACCUCUCCAUCUUUAUUGCGCAUCUGACAAAGGCCUCUCUCGCUCUACUCUUCAUCCACUUCGCACAGCUGCGCGAGUAUAAGCUCAUCAAUCAGUGCAUCAUCCCUAUCAUUGGUCUGUCAUUGACACUCAACCUCGUGGCUCUUUCGGUCCAGUGCAACUUUCAAGCGACCUUCGACGGCGAGACGGGCCCUGAGCAAUGUCAUUUUGAGGGUGUAGCCAUGGUCGAGUCGCUAUUCAAUAUUCUCCUUGGUAUUAUGCUUGUCAUGCAUCCCAUCAAGCCGCUCUACAAAGCUGCUUCUCUCAUUGGGAAGCAGAACGUAGUCAUGCUAUCCUGCUUGUUUGGUACCGCCAUGGCCGGCUCUUUCGUCAGUGUCAUGCGAGCCGUCGUUGCGCACCGCCAGAGCACCCGCGUCAAGUCGGCUGAGUUACUGGAUGACGAUAUCGAGGAGGCAAUCAACGUCAUGUCUCGUGUGCGAACGCUGGCACUGCUUCUGGUGCUUGAAGCGUGUCUUGGGAUUGUGCUUGCAGCAGUACCUGAUAUGGGUGGUCUUUACCUGCAUUGGUAUCACCAAGGUGCACUCGACCUGUCUCGAAAAGAUACGACAAGCACCGAGGAUAGUGCAAUGAAAUGUGCAUCAACCUCUAGUGAAACUCGACCAGAUGGACCAAACAUGUCCAAGUUCAGUGCCGAGACAUUGCCUUUAGCCCAGAAAGCAUCAAAGCUGCAGAAGCAAAAGAUGGAUCAGUUCUUGUGGGGAUUUGACGGCAGUCCUGAUCGUUGGAACAAGAUGCCGUCGCUGCACCAUCUGCCACUUCAUUCAACUGGACGGAUACCGAAACUUCCCUUGGCGAAGCUGCCUUCCACGACUUUACCAGAUUGCACGCAUUCAAAUACCGUACCAGCCAAGGGAGACUGA